GGAAGCCCGGGGCCUCUCGGAGGACCUGUCGGGCCAUGCCCUGGUCCCCCCGGGCCGCUCUCCUGCGGGACCUGGUGCUGGGCGUGCUGGGCAUUGCCGCCUUCCUGCUGGAUCUGGGCGCCGACCUGUGGGCCGCGGGUCAGUACGCGCGGCACGGCCGCUACCUGUGGGCGGCGCUGGUGCUGGCGCUGCUCGGCCUGGCCUCCGGCGCCCUGCAGCUCUUCAGCUGGCUCUGGCUGCGCGCCGACCCCGCCGGCCUGCACGGCCCGCAGCCCCCCGGCCGCUGCCUGGCGCUGCUGCACCUCCUCCAGCUCGGCUACCUGUACAGGUGCCUGCAGGGGCUGCGGCAGGGGCUGCUGGCAUGGCGGCAGGAGGCGCCCUCCGAGUUCGACCUGGCCUACUCCGACUUCCUCUCCCUGGACAUCAGCAUGCUGCGCCUCUUCGAGACCUUCCUGGAAUCUACCCCACAGCUUACGCUGGUGCUGGCCAUCGUGCUGCAGAGUGGCCGAGCUGAGUACUACCAGUGGGUUGGCAUUUGCACCUCCUUUGUGGGCAUCUCCUGGGCACUGCUGGACUAUCACCGAGCUCUGCGCACCUGCCUUCCCGCCAAGCCCCGCCUGGGCGCGGGCUCCUCUGCCGUCUACUUUGUGUGGAAUCUGCUGCUGCUGUGGCCCCGAGUCCUGGCCGUGGCCCUGUUUUCCGCCCUCUUCCCCCACUACGUGGCGCUGCACUUCCUGGGCCUGUGGCUGGUGCUGCUGCUCUGGGUCUGGCUCCAGGGCACAGACUUCAUGCCAGAGCCCAGCUCCGAGUGGCUGUACCGCGCCACUGUGGCCACCAUCCUCUAUUUCUCCUGGUUCAACGUGUCCGAGGGCCACACCCGGGGCCGGGCCACCAUCCACCUGACGUUCCUCCUGAGUGACAGUGUCCUGCUGGUGGUCACCUGGGUGACCCAGAGCGCCUGGCUGCCCGGUGCGGCCCCCCUGCAGCUGUGGCUGCCCGUGGGCGGCGCCAGCUUCCUGCUGGGCGUGGCUCUGCGCCUCAUCUAUUACCGCUGGCUGCACCCCAGCUGUCACUGGGAGCCCGAUGGGGUGGACGGCGCCCGCGGUCUCCUCCCUCCCGACCACGGCCUGUUGCCCCGGAACAGGCGUGCGAGUCAGCUGGCUCGGAACUUUUUCCCCAAGGCCAGGGCUGAGGCUGCUGUGCCCGGGAAGGGAGAUGUGAACGGGGCCCUUUGAGGUCACGUGGCACCCAGCCACGGGCAGCUCAGCCCAGGCAGUCCAGGACAUGACACUGGGUAGAGCCGGUGCCCCCGAAGCUGCCCACUGAUGCAUUCACACCUCCAAAGUAAUCGGUGGCGGGGCUGUCCCCCUGCCUCGGUUCCCGGCUUCCAGGCUAGAAGGCUCAGAGGCCCCUGGAGAGUGUUCUCCAGAAUUCUUCCCUUCUGUACCCUAUUCACUCAUCAAAUGCUUCCUGAGAGCUUCUGUACCCAGAACGUAUUUUCUCACCUUGGGACCAGCUGCUGCCCGAGUGCCAUUUUCUUCCUGCCUCAACCAGUCCUGGGUGGCACCUCACAGGCAGGCGGCUGUGGGUACCCAGCUGCGGGUGCCCCGCCAGCUGCCUGAAUCUGUGCAGCAGCCUCAGCCUUCGUCCCUGCUCUCCGGGGCCGCCUCCAAGUGCCUUGUGGAUCUGUGCGGUCUGGGCCAUGCAGAGCCCAUUGAGUAUUUUUCUUUCUAGCCAGUGUAUCUCUACCUCAGCGAGUAUAUGGCAGAGUGUGUACUGCCGGUGUGUACAAGUGAGGACACACGCUGCUUUCCACAGUGUUAUUGGGUUGUGAUUAAA